AUGGAAUGUGCAAGUCGCGCAUUAGCAUUCUGGGCAUACCAGAGUACUCAAGAGGUACUCUACCAGGAAUACCUCGGAAAGAGUCUUACGGACAAGUAUACUAAGCUCAAUGUGCACCUGGACAAGGUCGUCCACAAUGCAAAUUCAGAGAUCUCUGCCUUGCACAGUAAAGUGGCUGAGAUGCAGACGGCUCAGGAACAGCUGCAAUCUAAAAACCAGGAACUGGCUGACCUCAACCGCGAGAAGUCCAAGAAACUAUCGCAGAUGACCAACCUUUACAACCUCUUGAAGGCACGGGCAAUGCGGUCUCGCAUGGAGAUAGCCGCUUCUGACGAUGUAACCCAAGCAUUAAGAACCCUCAACACAACCACCAGCAAGGAGUCUACCGAAUCUAUACGCCUACCAAAUGCCCCUAUGCGUGGUCCUCAGCAACAGUCGAUACCUGUGAAGAUACCUGUGAAGAUACCUGUGAAUAGCGAAGGGGUCGAACAACUCCAUAGAUAUCAACGAAGCGCCACAGGGAGCUCUAGGCAUGUGAGCAAGACUCCAACGACUCUGUCAAGAGGAGCAGCUCCCCGUUACUCGCUACCAAGUCUUCAAAAAGCCGCUCCUCCUGCGAGGCAACAACAUCGAACUCGUCUUUCAAAUACUGGUCGGGUCGGCACAGCCAUAUCAGGACUACCUCCUCAUGACGAGAUUGUAGCGCGGUUUGGAAAUUAG